AUGAAUUGGAAAAAGGCGUUAAGUUUAGCAGGUGGAGCAGCGGCAGUUGUUGCCUUAACGUAUAUUCUAAUGAAGGACGAUGAAAAUCAUGAUGAGAAUGAUGAUGAAAACGAUGAAAGGAAGAGAAAGGACGGUAAACUAAAUAAAGAUUCAAAUAAAAUCAUAAAAGGAGACUCGAUGACAAGGGAUGAUUUGCUCCAACUUUUAAACGAAAUGUUAAAAUUACAAACUGAUAUGAAGAAUAUCGUUAAAGACUUAAUUGUAGUUGCAAAAAAAAAUAAUUAUGAUUUUAUGGCCGUUUAUGAAGUGGCAAAAACAUAUAAUACAAUAGAUCCACUGGGAAAGUAUCAAAUCGAAAUGCCAGAAUUUGACAAAGUUGUGGAAAGCUAUCAUUUUGAUCCAGAAGUAAAAGAGAAAGUAGCAAAGCUUAUGUCAUCCCAAGAAAAUUAUUAUGUGAACAUGAGUGACACAACAUUGAGUGUUGAUAAAAUAAUUGAAAUACACCAUUUUAUGUUAAAUGAAUUGUAUAAGAUUGACCCAGAAUUUAAAAAAAUACCAAAUAAAAGUGAACUAGAUCCUAAACUAAUAGCAUUAGUUAUUCAGUCAAUAGUUAGUGCCAAAGUAGAGGAAGAAUUUAAUUUGACUUCAGAAGAUGUGGAAGCGUCUAUUGCAAAUCAACAAUAUGCAUUAACUUCAAAUAUGGAAUUUGCAAGAGUUAAUAUACAGAUGCAAACAAUCAUGAACAAAUUUAUGGGUGAUCAUUUUAAAUUUAUGUGUGACAAAGAAGGAGCUUACUAA